UGCGGGUAAGACACCAGCGGACUGGAAAACGGGAGUUAUUGUACCCGUAUUCAAGAGGGGAGACCACAAGGAAUGCUCCAAUUAUAGGGGCAUAACGUUUUUGAGCCUCCCAGGUAAAGUCUACGCAAAGGUGUUAGAAAGGAAGUGCCGUGAAAUACUUGACCUCAAGAUCCAAGAAGAGCAGUGUGGCUUGCGGCCCUGUCGUAGCACCUCUGACCAUAUAUUUGCCCUGCGCCAGAUUGUUGAGAAAUCGUGGGAGUACGCCCAGCCAGUGUACGUGUGUUUUGUGGACCUGGAGAAAGCGCAUGACCGGAUCCCACGCAACUGUCUGUGGACAUGCCUUGGUACAUACGAGAUAUAUGUCCAGGUACCAAAGGCCAUCCAAUCACUGUAUUCUGGUAGCUGGUGCUGCGUCAGAAUUAAUGGCGUUAAGUCGAAACCAUUCAACCUUCGUCCUGGUCUCCGCCAAGGUUGCGUCUUGUCCUCUCUCCUGUUGUGUUGCGUGGACACAAUAUUCAGGAGCAGCCAGGGCGAUGAGGGUAUCGGUGGCAGUGUCUGCAACCCGGUUCUGCAGGUUGCACUUAUUGCUGAAAGCCAAAAGUUACAAGCUCUUCUUUCCACAUAUGGAAUAACUUGUCAGACACCGCGUCAGGUUGAACCCGUACAGAUUUGGCCUUCAAGUCAGUUGGUUAAAGUUUUUGAAGGCCUUGGAAAUAACAGCAGGCUGGGGUUGACGGGUCGACCGCCACGUCCCAUUGGUGCUUUGGGGACAAGCAAGAUAUAUCGAGUUCUGGGUGAGACUGUUUUGUGUUACCCUCUGCUGUUCGAUGUCAGCGAUUUUUAUCUUUCAAGUGAUCCGGCAGUUCUUAUUGAUGAUAUUAAGAGAGAUCUGCUGUUUGUAGCUCGGCGAUGGCAGCUAGCCGGUCGUCCAACAUAUUGCGUGCUCUUAACUGAGCCUCUUGUUGUUGGUGAACAUUUCGCGAGUAUCCUGGAUCUGUUAGUGGAUAUGAAAAACGGAAGGUGUAAUAAUGUGCGAGUACGACUUGGACGAGUGCAGAACUUGCUCUCUGCUGGAUGCUGGGAACAUUUGGACUUCGUCCCGCAGAACGCAGAAUUAUCGUUUAAGGUUGAAUCGCUAAAGGAGGCAGAAGGCAUUAGUGAUAUCUCUAGCCUGUCAAACUUACGAGAGAGUGAAUGUAUGCUGAUUUUUGACCAAGAUUUUGACAUUGAACCCUAUCAAAAGAAGCCUACUGAAGAUUUGUUGCUAGCACUCCAGAGCGCUCCAUCUUCUGCAUUCUUUACGAAAUCAAAGCUUCUGCAUUUGUUACUCAAUCGUCAUGGGAUGGACUUCAAAAUCGAUGACGAACAAGAGCUGAUCAUCGCCCUUGGGCACUUCGCCUCAGUUGAACCAGAGCUGUUUUCUGGCAUGCUUAAAAUUCGCAUAGGCUGGCUAAUUCAUGCCAUGAACCUGCAGUUGAACUACGAGCAUGACCGUGUCGGCCAUCGCUCUGUGAACGACUUGUCUCCAACGGAAAUCAAACAGGAGCUGCAUGACCUGUUCGCUAUGAAGCACUUCAGCAGGCUUUCAGCGUUACAGCAACGGCAGUUGAACGGAUGCCUGAACCGCGUCCCACCUGACUUUUAUGAUCAGGUAUGGCGUAUCUUAGAGCGUACUCCAGAAGGAAUCAUCGUUGCUGGCCAUCAUUUGCCGCAACAGCCGACUCUAUCUGACAUGACAGAGUAUGAGCUGAACUUCGCUUUGACAAUCGAAGAGCUUCUGAGCCGUCCGAAGCUUCCAGAGUAUCGUCAGGUUAUGGUAGAGUUAAUACAAAUCGCAUUCGAAGCUUUCUGCAAGGACAGCAGUAUUCAGGAUACGACCGAUAUGACUCCAUUUCUCAAGCUUAAGCCUCAAGUCAGAGCGGGCACAUCUACUUACCUGGCCAAGGUAUGA